UGGGACAGAUACAAUGAUGCGGUGUCUAUAUAAGUUGAUGGGUGCGAUAUAUCAGUCACUGAGCUAAAUUGACUUUUGCGAGGAGCGUUAUCAGAGCAGCCAGUCAAACAACUGUCUAUGCCUGACUGAAUCACAACUGCGGAUAACGUUCAAGAAUCUCAUUAGACACAGUGGUUGACGAGAAUAAAACAUUCUAGUGCCCUUACUUGGAAGCUUCUCCGAUACGCAAAAGAAAGGUACUUUUGUGGUAUUCUCAACAACGCGUGUUUUCCUGAAAGAAUAUUGAACAAGUGAACCAAGAAUGAUUCCACCCAGUCCAGGGCUCACCGACACAAGAUUCCGCGGUCAGACCGAGACGAACCGGGGAGCCACUGCGCUUCUCCUGGACAACAUCAAAACCCCAAUCAGGACCGAGUCAUUUAAGGAGCUAUACAACGUUAUACCUGGCAAAGAGCUAGGCAGGGGAAAGUUUGCCAUAGUGAAAAUGUGCAUGGAGAAGAGCACAGGGACAGAGUAUGCAGCCAAGUUCCUGAAGAAGCGAAGGAAGGGUCAGGACUGCAGAGUGGAGGUGCUCCAUGAGAUCGCUGUGCUGGAGCUCACCAACACUAGCCACAGAAUUAUCAACCUGCACCAAGUCUACGAGACCCUGACAGAGAUGGUCCUGGUGCUCGAGUAUGCGGCGGGAGGGGAGAUCUUUAACCAGUGUGUUGCCGAGAGAGACGAGGCCUUCACCCAGGAGGAGGUCAAAUGGUUAAUGAGACAGAUCCUGGAGGGUGUGGCCUUCCUACACAGGAACAACAUUGUCCACCUGGACCUCAAGCCUCAGAAUAUCCUGCUGACCAGUGCCUGUCCUCUGGGGGAUAUAAAGAUAGUGGACUUUGGCCUUUCCAGAAGGCUGUGUCAGAACCAGGAGCUCAGGGAGAUCAUGGGCACACCAGAGUAUGUCGCCCCAGAGAUUCUAAAUUAUGAACCAAUCAGCACAGCAACUGACAUGUGGAGUAUAGGGGUGUUGGCCUACAUGAUGUUGACGGGGACUUCACCAUUUCUUGGAGAAGACAAGCAGGAGACUUUCCUCAACAUCUCCCAGAUCAACAUUGACUACACAGAGAAUGAACUCCAGGACCUCUCAGCCAUCCACUUCAUCCAGUCACUCCUCAUCAAAGAGCCCAGGUCUCGUGCCACUGCUGAAGAGUGCCUGAGGCAUCAUUGGCUCCAGGAGCAAGUCCAGAAGAAGACAGAAGAGAAUAUCACCAGUGAGAUCUGCCAACAGGAACAUGCCAAGCCUGCCCCCCCUUCCUCAUUAUCCUCAGAGGAGGAAGGUCCUGUGGUAGAGGAGCUGAUGGUAGUCGCAGCCUACACCAUAGGUCCGUGCCGGCCAAUGGUGCCCAACCCAGAGACUCUGUUUCCGGAUGCGAAGGCUGUCUCUAAGCGGUUCACGUUCGAGGAGCCACGCUGCUCCCUACAGAAGACCAUCUUCUGAUAGAAGGGUAGGCCUAUAAGCACUCCAACUGUAGAUGGGAUCUUUACUGAUUGAUUGUAAAUUGUUUACCACACACACACCAGUCUCCACUCACAAGCCAAACUAUGUCUGUCUGCAUCACAUUUUUAUUAAUUUUAAAACAAUUUUAAUGAACUCUGCCAUUCUUCCACAUUCGGUCAAUGUCGUUCAUGUUCUGCUUGUUUACCAUUAUUUUCCUAAUAUUCAUGCAGUACGUUCAGCUUUCAUGAGUACAAUUGUUCAUCAUAACUUCAAUUAAUCUAGCACUUAUUUCCAUGUCUUAAAUAUUUUGUUUUCACUGUGAAUAAAUAGUAAUGUCCUAAUUAAUCAAUCAUACAACAGUGCAAUAGAACACUAUGGGAGACAUUUUCUGGUCGCACAGAUUGUGUAUAGUACAACUGGAACCAAUGACUAAAUUCAUUUUUCCAAGUGCCGGCUAUAAAGAUAUGAUGGCUUUGUACUAAGCAAUUACAUUGUUAAUUUGCUCUUUACAGUACCUUCAUUCUCCUAAGGCAUGUACAUAUUGCUCAGGACAGCACUGUUUAUACUGUUUGUAAUGCAUAAAUGGCACUUAUUUCCUUGUACAAUGUAUGUAAAUGUCUUAAGGAUGUACAAAGCAUCAAUAAACAUUGGUCAAAGCAAUUAUAUUUCUGUGGUGAUUUUAAACCAGGAAGCAUCUUGUGUAUGCUGUUGUCAAAACAAGGUCCAAUGGUGUCCUGAAAGAAUGCAUGUCAAAGUGCUAUGGGUACAAGUCUGCGACUGACAUGGGGAGGCGGACGAGUGCAGCAGUUAUACCUUCAUCACACUAGUUCUGGUGAGUAGAUCAGGAAGACCAGUUUGGCUGUGUCAAGUCCUGUCUUAUCUGACAGUGGUGUGGUCUAAGCUUACCCUCUAGAGCACUGCCUGUUAAAUUCUGCCUAGCGCUGCCAGGGAGAAGACAAAGGUACUGUAUGCAUUAGGUCAAAUGACCUUCAUGUACUUAGACUGUAAGUCCACACUGACCUUCAAUGUAUCAAUCAAUCUCCUGUCUUUCUAUAGAAUAAUAUUGCCACUAGAAUAUUGAUAGCAAACAGUUAUGCUGCUAGUUGGCUCCCAUGUAGGAGGAAUGACCCCCAGAGAGCAGUAAAGUUCCACAUAGUUGUGCAGGUCAGACAGGUGGAUGUUGUGGACCUUCGGGGGGUGGUGCUCCCAGAAUGUCCAUGGCUGUCUGGUUGGCUUCCAGCUGCUCCAGGGCUAGACGGUGGUAGUC